GGCACAUUAAAAUGGCAAUUUCUCGUGUUGGUAAAAUUCUUACCUUUAGGCCCUUCGCACGCGUCCAACAGUCCAUGAGGCUAUUCUCUUCCACACCCAUGGUUUAUGUGGAUAAAAACACAAAAAUCAUAUGCCAAGGACUUACUGGGAAACAGGGAUCUUUGCACGCUGAAGGAUGCAUGAAUUAUUACAACACUAAGUUCGUUGGUGGUGUUAACCCCAAGAAGGCUGGUACCAUGUGGCAAUGCUCAGAAGGCAAACAUUCGCUCCCAGUCUACUCAUCAGUAGCAGAGGCAAAGAAAGAAACUGGAGCAGAUGCUACAGUGAUAUUUGUGCCACCGCCAAGUGCAGCUGGAUCCAUUAUUGAAGCGGUGGAAGCUGAAAUGCCACUCAUCAUAUGCAUCACUGAAGGAAUUCCACAGCACGAAAUGAUCAAAGUCAAGUCAAUUAUAAGCGAUCCGGCGUGCAAAUCUAAACUUAUUGGACCGAACUGUCCAGGUAUUAUUAAACCUGAAGAAUGCAAAAUUGGUAUCAUGCCUGGACAUAUUCAUAAAAGGGGGUGCAUAGGAAUUGUAAGUAGAAGUGGUACACUAACGUAUGAAGCUGUGACGCAAACUACAAGCAACGGACUGGGACAAUCUGUCUGUAUUGGCAUUGGUGGAGAUCCAUUUGGUGGGCUCACCUUCAUCGAUGUGUUGAAGAAGUUCGUUGAUGAUCCACAAACAAAAGGAAUCAUGCUUAUUGGAGAGAUUGGUGGUAACGCCGAAGAAGAUGCCGCGGAAUGGAUCAAGGCAAAUCCCACCGAUAAACCCAUUGUAGCACUCAUAGCCGGCACAUGCGCCCCUCCAGGAAGGAGAAUGGGACAUGCUGGUGCCAUUAUAAGCGGAAAUACAGGAACCGCUCAAGGGAAAAUCAAGGCCUUACGGGACGCUGGAGUAGUGGUGGCUGAGACACCUGCGCUACUAGGAUCCACCAUGAAGAAAGAACUUAUUAAAUGAUU